GGAAAUACCUAAUUAUAUUUCAUUUUUUUGCUCUGCUCAUCUUAAUGCACAGCAUCGGCGCAUAACACUUUACAUGAGUUUAAUUACGUAUUCCUUAAUUAAUAAAAUGCUAGCAAAACCUGUUUAUUCUAAUUAUUGUCUGCAUUACUUUUUAUACUACUCUAUUUUAUAAAAGGAAACACAUAUUAUCCGCUUGUACAAUGAUUCGCAGUAGUGCGGAAGCUGAUGAUCCUCAUUCAGCUGAUCAACUUGAGCCGGCCGAUAUUGAUCUCAAUCCUGAUCUUGACGCGCAGUCCGAGUAUUCGGGUGAUUCACAAGAGGACGCCUCAGUGCAUUCCGGCAGCCGGCGGGGCAUCAGCGAGGAUAGCUACAGCACGGUUAGCGAUGAACCAGCCGUGACCUUGCUCAAUUUCCGGCGCUUCUCCAAAAUGCAGGCGUCACCGAUCCUCGUGGAGGCCAUGCUGGGACUGUCCGAUGGAGAAAACGACCCGACGGGAUCAUUGCCAAUGUCCCCGAAAAUUAUAACGCGCAAAGUCGUUAAAGAUGUAGACGGCAAAUACCGACUGGAAACACAAACCGGCAAAUCCCGUAAUUCGCGCAAUGGGUUAAGCGGUCGUAAUCCACUUCCUGAAAUCAUGGCGUCCAGUUUAACGGAUGACAGUGCAUCGGAGAAGAGUGGCAGUACGACCGACCGAUUGUCCUUACCCAAUUCCAAGAUGCGCUACACGUCCGAUCCUAAUGCCACAUCUUCCGGGAGUUCAGAUAACCUGACCUUCAGCUUGGAAGACGAUGACCCUAAACUGUCUUCAAAACGCUACGCGUCCCCAAAAUCGAAACGUUUUGUCAAAGCUCCAGCCGGGCUGACAUCAUUUUUCAAACAGAAAGUAGUCAGAAUUCAAGAAGAUGUACCAGUGGACAAUACUAAAGACAUUCGCGCCACUACUAACGACACGGACUGGCUUUAUUAGUUGGCGCGUAAUUUGAAUGUAAAGAAGAUCGUGCGGUCUGUAACGCGCGUUCUGUAAUGAUUGUUUCAUUAUCCUGUCGUUAGUUUAACUGGUUAUUACUCCGAUGCUGAUCAGACAUUCAGACGGUUCUUUUACGAUUUCCAAUUCUUAUCCGUUACAGAAUAUGACUCCAAAUAUCGUUUCUAUGUAUAAACAGCACUCGUA